GUCUUCUAGACUGGUCUGGAGCGGAAACAUUUUCCGCCUCAGGCUGCAAACGUCGGCAUCGCUCUCUGGCUCGCUGCUCACCGACUCGUCAGAGACCUCCACUCCUCCAUCAGACCCUGAGGAGCUACUGGCAACUAAUUAAGGCUCCAAGACGGUGGCUAUGGCAGAGGAGAGUGUGGCUACUGAUCAGGAGCGGCUCCUGAGGAGGGUGCAGGAGCUGGAAGAGGAGGUGAAGAGGCUGCAGGAGAAGCUCCAAGAGGACAAGGAGGGCGCUGGUAGAAAAGAGGCUCCUUCAGGCCCUGGGAAAGCCAAGAAACGCCACCAACGGCCCUUUGAUUUUGGUGCCUACGGGCGCAGACACGUGGCACUGAAGAUCGCCUACCUGGGCUGGGGCUACCAGGGGUUUGCCAGCCAGGAGAACACCAGCAACACCAUCGAGGAGAAGCUCUUCGAAGCCUUGAAGAAGACACGGCUGGUGAACGACAGACAGACCUCCAACUACCACCGCUGUGGGCGGACGGACAAAGGAGUCAGUGCUUUUGGACAGGUGAUUUCCCUAGAUCUCCGCUCGAACCGGUUGGAGGGGAAGAAGUUCAAUGGCCACGAGGGUGACUCAGGAGGCAAAAGCGAGGGGGAGGAGGAGCUCCGCUACACCCAUAUUCUGAAUAGGGUGCUCCCACCCGACAUCCGGGUGCUGGCCUGGGCCCCCGUGGAGCCCGAUUUCAGUGCCCGGUUCAGCUGUCUCAAGAGGAUUUAUCGCUAUUUCUUCCCCUGCGCCAACCUGGACGUGGCCCUGAUGCAUGCCGCAGCCCAGAGGUAUGUGGGGACCCACGAUUUCCGAAAUCUGUGUAAAAUGGACGUCGCCAAUGGGGUGGUCAACUUUCAGAGGACGAUCCUCAGCGCCGGGGUGACAUGGGUAGAGAGAGGAGGAGAAACCGGGCUGCAGGAUCCCUUCCGUCUGUGCCAGUUUGAAGUGACAGGCCAGGCGUUCCUCUACCACCAAGUCCGCUGCAUGAUGGCGAUCCUCUUCCUCAUCGGCCAGAGGAUGGAGAACCCAGAGAUCAUUGACGAGCUGCUGGAUGUGGAAAAGAACCCCCGAAAACCGCAGUACAGCAUGGCAGUUGAGUUUCCCCUUGUCCUAUAUGACUGCGAGUUCGAAAACCUUCAGUGGCUCUAUGACCGAGAAGUGCAGGAGUUCAACGUUACCCACCUACAGCAGCUCUGGGCCAACCAUGCAGUCAAAACUCAAGUGCUACAUAACAUGUUACAAGGGUUAGAUGCUGCGCCCAUGGCUACUGGAAAAAGCCCAGGGAACAACACGACUGUCCUCUGGGGAGAUAUGAAGCCUCCACUCUGCAGCCAGGUCAGCGGCUUCGUGGAAGGUGUCAAAGCCCGCACCUACAAACCUUUACUAGCCCGCCCCAAGUGCGAGGGGCUGGAGGCCCGCAUCCGGCACUUUGUGCGGAGGGGCCGCAUCGAAAACCCCCCGGGCCUGGAAGUGGUGGGGGACAGAGACCAGCAGCCCCCUGAGAGCAAGAGGAGCCACCGCAGCGAUGCUCUGGGGAGCAGCGGUGCCAUGGAGCAGCCUCCCAAGAGGGUCUGCGUGGACACCAAGUGA